GCUAGGCCGUUUUGGAGAAUAUAUAACAAGAACCGAGGUUUUAAACCAAGUGUCACGAAAAGUCGGUUUCCUGCAGCCACUUUUGGGCCCUCCUUGUAGGGUCUACAUCUUUUGAUAUGUCGUUUCCAGCUGCUUGAUGCGGCAGAGCUUGCUGGUGCUAUCGCUCCAUGUUGCUGAUGGAGGUCAACUGCUGCAGCAAUUUGUGGAUGCACUUGGCCGGGGUGACAUGGAUGGUUUGCUAGCCUCCUUCAACGUGUCCGAACGCGGUUCCCACCAUCAUUGGCCUGGCAGUGAGCAGGCUUUGGAUCUUGCGCACUCCUUGCGCACAGUUGCCGCUUCGCUCGCCCCACAGAUCUUGGAGCCAUGCCUUGGUGAACGUAAAUCUUUCCGAGGCUUGAAAGAUGUCUUAGAUGAAGGCAACUUCCAUCUUCGUGAACACUCCCAGCAUAUCCUCAGCACCCUUCACGAAGCUGGCAUGGUUGGUGCACCUGGUGUGGCGACACUUCGUGCAUUGGUGGCAGCUGUGGCUGGGCGGACGCAUUCGGAGGGGAGCAUGGCGCCGGACUGCAGGAUGCUGGAAGCAUCAAUCAACGAAGGAGGAUCGUGCAACUUGAUCCUGAACGUCGGCUUGAUGUGUAUUUGGAGCCUGCUCCAAGCAGCAGAGCGAUGUGAGAAUCUCUGGAAUUGGGCCUUUCCCGGCUUUCCAGCUGAGUGGACUCAGAGCUGGCAGUUUCGAACAGACCUUGGAGAUAAACCAGCGGAGACUCUGGAGGCUCUUUUGACGCUGCAUUCGGAAAACUUAAGCAUGGCAGAGAUUGGCGUUUUCAAGGGAGAUUUGUCAACGCAGCUUUUGGAGCGAUUUCCGCACUUACGGAUGUUGCUGGUGGACCCCUACCAUUUGCGCAUGGAAGGCUGGAGAUGUUGGGUGAACCCUGCUGCCAAGCUGGCACGGCUACCAGUCAUUUUCGCGCAUUAGGCAGCUGGCAAAGGCAUUGCAAUCAAAGGGGUUGAUGUUUGGCUGUGGGACCAAGCCUAAAAACCUGAAAACCCAAGGCCUUGCAGCCGAUCAGCCACAGGGCCUCUCAACAGAGGCCUUAGACGUGGCAACUGCUCGCACCCAGCUUCACCGAGUUCGGGCAACACACCUGCUGCAGGUCUCGGAGCAAGCGGCCCAGUGGAUUGCCAGGAAUUCUUUGGAUUGCGUCUAUGUGGAUGGUGACCAUAGCUAUCACGGAGCUGCUUCGGACAUAUCGUCUUGGUGGCCCACCAUUCGCCCUGGUGGACUCAUGGCCGGGCAUGACUACACGUUGAUAUGGCCCGGGGUUGUGACCGCAGUGAAUGAGUUUGCAGCGGCCAAGGGGCUAACGGUGCACUUCACUCCUGAAAUCUGGUGGUUUGUAAAGCCGCAGUUCAACCAAGAUGACGCAUGAAAGUUCAACAUCCAACUGUAAGCAGCUGGCCCGCCCUUCAUUUCCAAGAAUUGAGGAUUGGCAGGUUCCUGGACUUCUUAAGCAGAUUCAGUCAAGGAACUUUGCUGCAAGAACUUGCCCGUGGCGUUGGCCUCCGCAUAGCACUAGUGCAUUGCAUUGCAGAGAUUGUACGGGACAGCCUGAGGGUGCCUGUUCAAGUAGCUGUGCCUUAGCGGCCCUAGCUGGACCUAGCUCUUUGAAGUCGGCUGGUGGAGAUCAUGUUUGAAGCUGACAACAUGAUGCUUGACGUCCAUUGGGAGUGUCCUCCACUGUAGCACUGCUAGUCGCAUGAUGCUCCGAAAGAAAGGGUGGCGACCGGCUUGAAACCAGACAGACGGCAUCGUGCCA